AAGGCGCCAGAUUUAGGCUCUGGUCCGAAAGGGCGUGGGUUCAAAUCCCACAGCUGUCAAAUUUUAUUUUUAUUUUUUAAAUUGCUGCUUUUAUAGCAAAAAUAAAAGCCCCAGAAAAACUGAAACCGAAAAGAGUAAAGCAGAGAAAAAAAAAAUGGCGGCAUAUCUGAGAAACAGAAACAAUUCCCACUUGUUUCUCCUAACUCGUUUUCUCAACUCAGCGAGUUUCCUUCGUCCGAGAUGGAUUGAAACCAUAGCAUACGAAGAAGCACGUUCUCACCCAGACAAACCUUACACUUCCACAGCCGUAAUCAUCCAUGGUUUUUUGGGAUCCAACAGAAACUGGAGAUCUUUCUCUCGCAAUCUCUUGGCAUCUCUCUCCAAUUCCUCUCCAUCUUCAAAUUGGAGGACAGUGUCGAUGGAUAUGAGGAAUCAUGGGAAAUCAUCGGAGAAGAAACUGGAUCCGCCUCAUGAUUUGAAUAAUACGGCGAAAGAUUUGGAUAAUUUGGUUAAGGCUGAAGGUUGGUCUUGGCCUGAGGUUGUUAUUGGACACUCUAUGGGUGGAAAGGUGGCUCUACAAUUUGCUCAUAGUUGUAGAAAUGGUGAAUAUGGUGAUUCUGCAAAAUGGCCAAAACAGCUUUGGGUAUUGGAUUCUGUCCCGGGAGAAGUGAACAUUGGAAACAGAAGUGAUGAAGUCCGCGAUGUUUUAACCACUUUGGAAAGUUUACCGUCACAAAUCCCAUCUCGAAAGUGGCUUGUAAGUCAUCUGAUGGGACUUGGUUACUCUAAGACAUUGGCAGAUUGGAUAGGCACAAACCUGAAGAAAGUUGGUGAUCACGAGACAUGGAUAUUUGAUCUUCAAAGUGCCAAGGAGAUGUUCCAUUCUUACUGGGAAAAGUCCUAUUGGGAUCUAUUGGAGAACCCUCCACAAGGUAUGGAAAUAGUAAUUGUCCGUGCCGAAAAGAGUGAUAGAUGGGACGAAGAGGCUAUUGAGCGGAUCCAGAAACUAGCUAGUCAAGGAGGAACUGAUUCUGUUGGAAAGGUUUCUUUCUGUGUUCUUCCAAAUGCUGGCCAUUGGGUUCAUGUGGACAAUCCAAAAGGACUUCUUGAGAUUGUGGCUUCCAAGAUGGCAUCCCUUUAGUUCCUGUUUUAUUCGAACUAUUGGGGUAUCCAUCAUUGAAAAUUCUUAACAAUGAGCAGAUGAGGUUGGUCAGUGAUAACAUAUUAUUUAUAGUAGUAUAAAUUUAUUGGCUACCAAAACAAUUAUAAUCAAUUCAUUGUACACUCUAAUUUAUCACUUAUACCCCACUCAUAAUUGAAUAAAUAUCCAGAAAAAUUCAUGUUUGUCA